UGGACUGAAAACUUAACUAAUUAUGUUUAAAUAGCACAGUCAAAGGCCACAACAAGUAAGUUUUUAAUCUAGAUUUAAAGCAACUUAGGAUUUCAGCGCUUUACAGUUUUCUGGGAGUUUAUUCCAGAUUAGUGGAGCAUAAGAAAUAAAGUUGCUAAAGACAAUUAAAUCAAUUUUAAUAUCAGACAAAAAUAACCUGAGUAAAUACAAAAAGCUGUUUUCAAAUUGGGAUUUCAUUUAUGAAGCGAAACAAGCUUUCCAAACCAAUCUGGUCCUAUGUUAAAAGUAACUGAUAAAUCAUGUAUCAACUGUGAUUCACCACAUUAUGGUUUGAAUUAAAAUCCAAAUAAAUCAAUCAAACUUUAUUUAAAUUGCACCUUUCAACAAAAGAAAGUCUCAAAGUGCUUUAAUCCAGCACCUUUUGUUUUGGGUUGUAGUGUUUCUCAGGAUCAAUUGUCCUGCAUGUUUUAAAUGUUUCUCUACUUCAACCCACGAUUCAACAACUCAUCAAGUUCUGCUACCUGUUAAUGAUCUGCAAGUUUAAAUCAACUGCAGUGAAACUGGGAGACAUCCAAAACAUGCAGAACAUGUUUCAAGCGAGAAUUAUUUCCAAGCCUCUCCCCAAGCCUCAAAACGAACAAGAAACCAACAUUAGGAAAUGAUCUUGCAUCUUGUAGGAGAGUGCUGCUGCAAAGAAAAUAGUUUGUUUGGGUGGUAAAAAUGUUAAGGUACAAUCAUAAAGAUCCUGGCAUUAUUCAUAUGGAAAUUGACAGUUAAAAUCUAGAAAUUUUUAAACCAGUUAUUUUAACGUGCUGUAAUAUUAACUUUUCACCACCAGAUGUCGAUAUAACACAGGAAAAAGCUUCGCUACGUGGCUUUCAGAUAAAGCAGUCUAAGUUUGAAUUGAUUACAUCAUUCCUAAGCAAAUGAGGUCUAACAUUUAUUUAGCUGAAUUUAUAACUCUAUUGGUACACAGGUUGAAUAUGGGCUUAACCUAUUUCCUAAUACGUUUUAUUUCCAUUGUUUUAACUGAUCCUUUCGGCGUUACAUUCACUUUUUCUGAUAAAGAGUAGAAACUUAAAAUGUUCUCUUAUUAAUCAUGCUUAGGAAUAGUGGGAUCACUGUGUGUCGACUUUACUCUGCUGCUCCUGUCCUGAAGUACACAAUGUUUUGUCUCCACCCCACUACUCCCAACUCCCCCAGUUGUAUCGUAACCCAGUCAGUGCGGCUGUACUGGGAGAUAAGAGUUCAGGGUGUGCCCGCCUGCACAUGAAGUCCGCCUCUGCUCGGUGCACUUUAUUUUAUGAAAAACGACGAGCUGCCGCGCAGAAGCGAAGCCGUGCAGCAUUUAACUGACUGUGUGAUCUUUGUUAUUCUUGAGGGCGUUGCUGUUGCUGCACUGGCACCGGGCAUUGUUGCUCAACUUUGAGAAGUACAGUGGGUGGAUUUUUCUCGAGCUGAGACGGAAUGUGCGGAUUCCGUGUGGCUGCUCCUCUCUUGUUUUCUUGUCGUGACUCCGGUCAGUCUACAGCGACUAUCAGCGUCAUCAACGACAAGCAUGCAGCAUGACGUGAAGUUGCACUUGUGCCUCUAACAGGCUGUUUACCUGCGUGGAAACGGGGCAAGGUUGCAUGUCGUGUCCGUGCAGGAGCUUCAUGAGCAGCGGCCGUGCGUAACGCUGGCUCUUCAUGGAGGACCGCUGGAUCAGCCGCUCUUUGCAAUCAACACUUUAAGUGACACUUGAAACAUGAUGAAUCAAGACCAAGAAGGGAUUUCCUUCCCGGUACCUUCCUUCUGUACUGGUCCCGACAGAGAGGCUGUCAGUGGGGAACAUUCCAGUAGCAAUAGCGGUGGAGGUGGUGGUGGAAUUCCAGCAGCUGGGACUUUCUGGCAGGAUCCGCUGGUUGGAGGCAGCGAACUCAGCCCGACCCCCGGAGACAGUCCGGUGGAAGCCGGAGGCUUGCUGUCAGCCGGCAAGUCUAGUAAAAGCAGGCCGGUGACGGUGGCUUAUGUGGUGAACGGUGAGGCGAGCCAGCAGAAUAACGCGGAAAGCAUGGCCCUACAGUGCCUGAAGCAUGCCUGCGACAGAGUGGGCAGCAAGCUGGACACGGUGAACUUUAGUAAACUGGACUUUGGGGAGACCACAGUCCUGGACCGGUUUUACAAUGCAGACAUAGCUGUUGUGGAGAUGACAGAUGCUUUCCGCCAGCCCUCACUCUUCUACCAUCUGGGAGUCAGAGAGAGCUUCAGCAUGGCCAACAACAUCAUCCUGUACUGCGACACUAACUCGGAGUCUCUCCAGUCUCUGCAGGAGAUAAUUUGCCAGAAGAACACUACAUGCUCAGCCAACUACACCUUCAUCCCGUACAUGGUAACUCCUCACAACAAGGUGUACUGCUGCGAGAGCAGCCUCAUGAAGGGUCUGACUGAGCUGAUGCAGCCAAGCUUCGAGAUGUUGCUGGGACCCAUCUGCAUGCCCCUGUUGGACCGCUUCAUUCAGCUGCUCAAAGUGUCACAGGCCCACUCUCAUCAGUACUUCAGAGAGACGAUUCUGAAUGAGAUCCGGAAAGCUCGGGAACUUUACACCGGCAUGGAGCUGUCCGCCGAACUGAGCCGAAUUCAGCAGAGGCUUGACAACGUGGAGUGUCUUUCAGUCGAUGUGGUCAUCAACCUGCUGCUGACAUACAGGGACAUCCAGGAUUAUGAGUCCAUUGUGAAGCUGGUUGAAACCCUCGAGAAGCUGCCAACCUUUGACCCCAUGGCCCACCCACACGUGAAGUUCCACUAUGCUUUUGCAUUGAACCGGAGGAACCUGCCUGGUGACAGACAGAAAGCUCUGGACAUCAUGCUGCCUUUGGUGGAAGGGGAGGAGCAGGUAGCGUCAGACAUCUACUGCAUGGUGGGACGGAUAUAUAAGGACAUGUUCCUGGAGUCUCACUUCAUGGACACACAGAGCAGAGACAGAGGCAUCCUCUGGUUUAAAAAGGGGUUUGAGUCUGAGCCAACACUACACUCUGGCAUCAACUAUGCUGUUCUACUCCUGGCUGCUGAACACCAGUUUGACACAUCAUUCGAGCUCCGCAAAGUUGGAGUUAAACUGAGCAGCCUGCUGGGCAAAAAGGGCAGCCUGGACAAGCUGCAGAGUUACUGGGAUGUAGGCUUCUUCUUGGGCGCCAGCAUACUGGCCUGUGACAACACCAGGGUCAUCCAGGCCUCAGAGAAACUCUUCAAGCUCAAAGCUCCCAUCUGGUAUCUGCGCUCUCUGGUAGAGACCAUCUUGAUUUACCAGCACUUUAAAAAGCCCGGCAGUGAGCCGCCGGCACCCAGGCAGGAGCUGGUAGACUUUUGGAUGGACUUCUUAGUGGAGUCAACUAAAAAAGAUGUCUCCUCUGUUCGAUUUCCUGUGUUAAUAUUGGAGCCUACAAAAGUAUACCAGCCUUCAUAUUUGUCCAUCAACAAAGACGUUGAAGACAACAUCGUGUCCAUCUGGCACGUUGCUCCAGAUGACAAGAACAAAGGGAUACAUGAGUGGAACUUUGUUGCGACAUCUGUUCGAGGUGUCAGCAUCUCCAAGUUUGAUGAACGCAGUGCCUUUCUCUACGUCCUGCACAAUGCGGAGGACUUCCAGAUCUAUUUCUGCACAGAGAUGCACUGCAAAAGGUUCUGUGAUCUGGUCAACAGUAUAACAGAGGAAGCCUGGAAGUGUCCUGAAGAAGGAGAUUGUGACACUGAUAUCUUAGAGUAUGACUAUGAGUACGACGAACACGGAGAGAGGGUGAUCCUGGGUAAGGGCACGUUUGGAAUUGUCUAUGCGGGCCGAGACCUCAGCAACCAGGUCCGAAUAGCCAUCAAGGAAAUACCAGAGAGAGACAGCAGGUACUCUCAGCCACUCCACGAGGAAAUCGCCCUCCACAAGCACUUGAAGCACAAGAACAUCGUCCAGUACCUGGGCUCCAUCAGCGAGAACAGCUUUAUUAAGAUCUUCAUGGAGCAGGUGCCUGGAGGGAGCCUGUCGGCACUGCUCAGGUCCAAAUGGGGCCCUCUGAAAAACAACGAGCCCACCAUCGGCUUCUACACGCGGCAGAUCCUGGAGGGGCUCAAAUACCUGCACGACAACCAGAUAGCUCACAGAGACAUUAAGGGAGAUAAUGUCCUCAUUAACACCUACAGUGGCGUACUGAAGAUAUCAGAUUUUGGCACAUCCAAAAGAUUGGCUGGAAUCAAUCCCUGCACUGAAACCUUUACAGGUACAUUGCAAUACAUGGCCCCUGAAAUUAUAGACAAAGGUCCCAGAGGAUACGGCAAACCAGCAGACAUCUGGUCCUUGGGCUGCACCAUCAUAGAGAUGGCAACUGGUAAACCACCAUUCUAUGAACUUGGAGAACCACAAGCUGCCAUGUUCAAGGUUGGUAUGUUUAAGAUUCAUCCAGAAAUCCCGGACACAAUGUCACCAGAGGCCAAAGCUUUCAUCUUGCGCUGUUUUGAGCCCGACCCGGAUCGGCGCUCCACCGCUGUUGACCUGCUCACCGACGAGUUCCUCACUGUCACCAGCCGCAAGAAGAAGAGCAGGACUGGCCUUGCAGCUCCUUCUUCAGGAUCAGAGUACCUACGCAGCAUUUCCCUGCCGGUGCCGGUGGUGGUGGAGGACACCAGCAGUAGCAGUGAGUACGGAUCCGUCUCACCCGACAACGACCUCAAUACGAACCCUUUCAGCUUCAAGCCCAGCAUCAAGUGCUACAGCGAGAGAGACAUCAAGGGGCAAAGGCCGCUUUUCCUCAGCAUUCCAGUGGAAAACUUCGAGGACCACAGCGCACCUCCAUCUCCUGAUGAGAAGGACACCGGCUUCUUUAUGCUUCGGAAGGACAGCGAGAGGCGAGACACCCUGAACCGCAUCCUGACAGAGGACCAGGACAAGGUUGUAGGCAACCUAAUGGAGGCUCUCACGCAGGGCGCUGAGGAAAGGAAGCUGAAACCUCAGCACAUCUCCACCCUUGUUGUGAGCUUGGCCGACUUUGUCCGCGUGGCAGACAGGAAAAUCAUCGGCAACACCUUGUCACAGCUCAAACUGGAGCUGGACUUUGACAGCACUGCCAUCAGUCAGCUGCAGGUUGUGCUCUUCAGCUUCCAGGAUGCUGUGAAUAAAGUCCUGCGAAACCACAACAUCAAGCCUCACUGGAUGUUUGCUCUGGACAACAUCAUCCGGAAAGCCGUUCAGACCGCCAUCACCAUCCUGGUGCCAGAACUGAGGCCUCACUUCAGCCUGACCUCAGUAAGCGACCCGGCUGAUCAGGACGACUUAGACGACGACGCGGAGCCCGGCAGAAACUCCACCCACCAGAGCCGCACACCAGCCGUCGCCGCUCACGACGACACGGUGGCCACGUCGGGAGUCAGCACCCUCAGCUCCACCGUCUCCCACGAGUCCCACAAUGCACAGCGCUCCGUGAGCAUGGAGCUGAGCAGGAUGAAGCUGGAGACCAACAGGUUGCUAGAAGAGCUACUGCAGAAGGAGAAACAGUAUCAGGCCAUCCUGCAACAAGUGCUGGAGGAAAGAGAACAGGAGAUCAGACUGCUGAGGAUGCGAUCUGAGCCUGCAGAACCCGCCACAGCUUCAGAGGGCCUUCAGGGGCAGAGAAGUGAAGCUGCAGAGAGACAUGAAGACCCCGAGCUGAGCAGAUGGCUGAGGCUUUCUGGUGCUGACCAAGACGCUAUAGACAGGAUACUGAACGAGGACUAUACUUUAAAUGACAUCCUUCAUUAUGUGACAAGAGACGACCUGAAGAGUUUAAGACUGAGAGGUGGAGUUUUGUGUAAACUGUGGAAGGCCAUCACAGACUUCAGGCAGAAGCCAGCCUGACGCCAACAACUCAACAUCCUCCAUCUUUUACCUCAGUAUUUAUAGGAACAACCAGACCUUCAGGAAGAAGAAAAACCUGCCUUCACUGGGAGUGCAGGACAACUUUCCAACCACACAAGAAUCUUCUGGAGAGUUUUUCUAAUUUUAAAACAAAGAUUCUGAACUUUUGGAGAUUUUUAAAACCAUAAAAAAAAAAUGCUAUUUGGUUUGAUAAGACUGUUGGAUAAAGGAUGCUGUUUUUGUUACCGGUCUGCAAUGACAAAAGAAAACUAUUACUAAGAGGUUAAGCUUGUUUGAAACAAAGCAUUUUCUCUAGUUCUUUAUGUUACGUUUACAGAAAUGGAGACUGACCGUUUUUUAAAAGCCUGAGAUACAAAAUACUACAUCCAACAUCAUCUGUACUAAUUUUUUUAAUCACAAAAUCUGAUCACUACUUUAUUUAAACAGAUUAUAUUUAAUUGUACUGCGAAACAUGUUGGCUUAUUCUCCUUGUUUUGUUUUUGUUUUUUUGUUAUUUAAAUGUUUUCUUUUACAUUUCCUUUUAAGGUGCAAAUCUUCAGUUUUAUUGCUAAAGAUAUUUUUCAUGUAAAUAAUGUGUUAUACAUCAAGUGUGAAUGACUUUUAUGUACUUCAUAGAAGAUAUUGGUAAGUAUAGCCAAACUGCCAUGUCAAUUGGACCAAGUCUAUAAAAUGAAGACACAGGAAAGAUGAAUUGUGUAUUAUUGUAUUUUCUAGUCUGAGCUGUCAUAGGAAGUAGCAUUCAAUUGGUAAUUAAUUAAUAUAACAUGAUCUGAUCAUUGGCUUUUGUUGUUGUAAACUGGCACAGUUGUGUUUAUAUCUGGUUUGUAAUCCUUGAGUCAGAUGUAGCUUGUGGUGAAGAUUCUGAAAUGCAAACAAAUUUAUUGGUCUUUUUUUAACUAGUUUAUCUGAAAUGGGGGAAAGAAUCAUGAACAGUUUGUCAGUUUCAUUUUAUAUUCAAGAUGAUUCAAGAUUUUUGUGCCAUUGGUAAAAUAAAAAUGUUCAUGUUGAAGCUGUGAAAAA